CCGCAUCCAAGCUCCCGGAGCCUGGGUUCAAACCUGGGCAUUCGGGGAUUUUGAGCCAACACGCCGCAAAGUUGGCUCGACACCUGCCGAGCUACACGCCAUCAAUUUUAAUCUCGUCGUCAUACACCCCGCCGCUUGUCAUUCCGGCCCUGCUCAGGCACGCCUGCCCCCUCAUCCGUCGUCCGAGCUGCCGUUGCCGUCCAUUCCAGGUUGGCGAAGCCUAGACCCGGCGCCCGUGAGACAACUCGCGUGUCCGCCGGAGGCGUUUUUUCUUCACAGCCGACAUUUUCAACUUGGCUUGCUGCAGCUCCUACUAACUGCAUACUGAGCGCCCGGUGCUACUCGUCUUGAGUUCUUGUCAAUGGCGGAGGAAGAGGAGCGGGAGAAGGACCCGACGACACGACUUCCAGCAUGAGACAAUCGGGCAAGCCGCCGGCGCCGGCGCGGGCCGGGAGGCUUCUGCUGCUGGUGUUUCUCGGUGGGCUGGUGGCCGUCUCCACGUCCGUCUUUCUCGUCUAUGCCUUUUCGUCGCGCGUUGUGAGCCUUGCGGUGGAACAUGACGAAGCCGGAGCGCGACCACCGAGCACGCCUGCCAGCGGCGACGCAAAGCCCGCGCGUGUCGACGAUGGGUUCACUCUUCACCCCGAAGACCACGUCUAUCGCGAGGCCAAGACAAUCUACCUGGAUUGGAACAUCACCCAGGGGCUGCGUGCGCCUGACGGCGUCGUCAAGACUGUGUACCUGAUCAACGGGCAAUUCCCGGGCCCGCUGGUUGAGGCGAGGUCGGGCGACGAACUGGUCGUCAACGUCCAUAACCAUGUCGACCGUGCGAGCGCCGAAGAAGGCGUCGCCGUGCAUUGGCACGGACUGACCAUGAAGGGCGCCAACGACAUGGACGGCGUGGUGGCGCUCACUCAGUGUGCCAUUCCGGCCUCUGCCAACCUCACCUACCGCUUCCACAUCGACGACUCUCAAUCAGGGACCUAUUGGUACCACGCCCACUCCGGCGUGCAACGCGCUGACGGGCUUUUUGGCGGCUUGGUGGUGCACAAGCCUGCUAAUACGAAAGACGCCCGCAACGAGCUGGCAACGCACUCGUAUGAUGCGGAGCAGCUUCUCCUGGUCGGUGAUUGGUAUCACCGCUCAGCCGUAGACGUCCUGGAGUGGUUCGAGGAUCCGAACCAUUACAUGUAUGAGCCCGCUCCAGACUCCAUGCUAAUCAAUGGACGGGGAUCAUACAACUGUUCCAUGGCGGUCAAAGCGUGGCCCGUCAACUGCAGCUCUGUGGCCAUGCCGGAGACGGUGCUGCGGGACCGACGCGUGAGACUGAGGGUUGUGAACACUGGCGUAUCUGCCGGCAUUACACUAUCAUUAUCGGAGGGGAGCAUGCAGGUCAUUACCGUCGAUGGUGGACACGCGGUCGCCAACGACACGCAUGCGGCGCGUUCCAUCGGAGUGUUGUAUCCGGGUGAACGCAUGGACGUUAUCGUGCAGCAGGCAUCCGGUACCACAGCAAGAGCUCGUUCGGAACAGGGUGCCAAGCUGAUUGUGACGCUGGACAAGGAAAAUAUGAAUCUCCACAACUUUGCCCUCACCCCCGAGCAGGAGUUUCCGCUCUCAUGGACGUCGCCAUCUGUACCAGAAAGAAGACACGAGGAAGGUGUUGCAGCCUCAGAGCUCAACCUCAAUGACCUGCGAGGCGCGCCGCUCGGUUCAUCGCCGACGGGCCUAGCCGAGCCCGCAGAGACGGCGGUGCUCUACUCGGCGAUGACUAUCCGCGGCGCGAACCACAACCGCCCUGUCGCCACCGUCAACCACACAUCAUGGGUGGUCUCAGAACCACACAAACCGCCUCUGCUGGCAUUAGACCGUGCGCAAUGGGUAGACGCCAUCAAACAGCCGACAAGCGCGCAGAAGCUCAAGGUCCCCUGGAUCAAAGAGACGGGCGAGGAGCGGUGGAUGGAGCUGGUGCUCAACAACUACGACGAUAAAGGUCACCCGUUCCAUCUGGUGAGUUUUCCCGCGCCUGCACCUCCUUUUGGGCCUCGCCUGAUAAUAUCGCAGCACGGCUACAGCUUCUACGUCGUCAGGUCACAGACGGCGACCAUGGGGCUCAACAGGGGGUACAACCCGUUUGACAAGCAGCAAGCGGAGGCAGUGGCCGCGGAGGUAGACACCAAGACCCCGCUGCGGAAGGAUACAGUCUAUGUGCCGUCGAUGGGCUACGUAGUGCUGCGGUUCGCGUUGGACAACAACGGGCUGUGGCUACUACACUGCCACGUUUUGUGGCACCAAGCGGUGGGCAUGGGCAUCGUGCUGCAGGUAGGCGACAUUGAUGCGGGGGCGAAACAAAGAGCUGGACAACGAUGCCUGGCGUAGCAUCGGAUCUUGGACAGCCCGAUUGGGCGUUUGAUGCCUGGCAUAUACGAAGUACAUGAGCCUAUAGAGCGACGAUGAGCGCACUGGAUUGCGCCGCCGACUGGACACGGGAAUAUCAGCAAAUAUUGCGUGC